UGGAUCCAAGGGGUGUCAAAUAGGCAAAUAGAUUGAAUUUACACACGAUGCGAUUAAGAUAAGUCGAGUUAAUAAAAGGAGAUAUAGUUGUUACCAUUAAAAAUAUCAGCAUAUUUUAGGUGAUUAACUUAACUACCUAAUAGAUCAUUUAGAGCACAUGUAAAAAGAGCUCCAAAAUAUGAAUCGAAAGUGUAUAAUCAAAAUACUUAAUUAGGAGUUGAGGUGUUGAACUAAACAGGACUUAGUUCGAAUAUUUAAACAGAAUAUCCUGCCAAUUAAAUUUGACAUCGCGCGAUUAUUUUGCCUUUCCUAUUUCAACAUAGAUAGUAGAAGGUAUGGACAAAAAUAUGGUAUGGCCAAAGCUCGACUUGUUUCAAGCUUAUCCUCUAGUAUUUGGAUAUGCAUAACCCAUAUUUGCACGACUUUCAAGCAGAACUUUUGGUACUUUUUGUAAGAAUGCCGUUUGUGAAUCCACUCCGAACAAUUAUUUCAUUAAAAAGGACAUAAACCCCAUCCUAUGUAUAAAGAAUUUAACUCCUGUAUAAUGUCAUUCGUCUCGCAAACAAAUUUAUGCGUUAGGAACUCUAGAACUUCAUCAAUGGAGUCUUCAAGAAUUAGUUUACGUCCAUUCAGAGAGACGGACGUUGAUGAUGUGUUGUUAUGGGCAGGCGAUGCUCGAGUAACUCGGACCACCAGAUGGGAGGCUUUGAAUUCGAAAGAAGAGGCAUUGAACUUCAUCAAGGAAGUGUGUACACCUCGCCCUUGGCAUGUAGCCAUUUGCAUCGAUGAUCGGUGUAUUGGAUUCUUCUGGGUACUCUAUCCAGGAUCAUCAGGUAAUGACAAGACGAGAGCAGAUAUAGGUUUUGCGAUUGCGUUUGAGUAUUGGGGGCAGGGGAUUGCUACUACGGUACUCAAAAUGGCAAUCCCUCGUGUAUUCAAUGACUUUCCUGGAAUAGUAAAGCUUCACGCUUUCGCUAUUUUGGACAACAGGGCUUCUCAUAGGGUUUUAGAGAAGGCUGGGUUUAUCUACCAGGGUUCAGUAACUAUGCAUGGCAAUUUCAAGAAAAAUGUAAAUGUGAGGGAUUUUGUAAUUUAUACUUUACUAUCCACAGAUUACAUUCCUCAAAGUUCAUGAAUUUGUUUCCUAGGGCAUUUGACUCUCCAUAUUUAUGUACUACUAUUGUGUAAAAGUUACUUGAUACUUCCAUGUAAGAAACUACCCCUACAUUACAUGAAUAUGGUUGUCAA